GAGAGGUCACUCAGAUCAAAUGUCAUCCUCGGAUUCGAUCGAGUGUGUUUGUGUGGCACUUUGAAAAGUCUUGCCUCGCUUCCGUUAUCGCGCGCCUAUGCCGUUGUGAGUUCCUAUUUUCCGAUAUAUGUAACGAGGACCUCUUGUUGACAAACAACACAGAGAUAUGGAAGAGACAUGCUUGGAAGAAGGACCUCCGGUAAAUUUUGAAAGAGCCACCCUAGAAAUCGCCAAUACCGACCCUGUUAGACCGCCGACCGAGCAUGCGGAAGACGCGAGGAAGCGGAAUUCGGCCUCGAGAAAUGUAUGCAAUGUGCCAUUCAAGCACAUAGAUGUUCAUACAUUUUUCACUGACAGGAACGAGGUCGUGGAGAGAGCGAUAAACGACUGCACCGAGAAACUGAUAAAGCAAAACAAUGACGAACCCGUAGGAAGUUGGCUUUUGACGGAGAUAAGUUUAUGGGACACGGAAAAAGAAAGGCUCGUAUUAUUGACGACGAAAGCUCUGUACUCUGUAAAAUAUGAUUUUAUUUCACUAAAGAUACUUGACUUUAAUCGAGUGCCCAUAAUGCUGUUCGAUACUGUAGUUACAGGGGAUUUGAUUUAUCCAACCUCCUCUCUUGCACCACGAUUAAGUGGAUUAGCAGAAGGCGUGUCGUCUGUAAUUCAUUGUGCAGUGCGUCAGGAAUGGUCAUCUAUCGCAGGUUGCUCUAAUCUUUCUCAAUUUGAGCCUAGAAAGAGACAUAUGUCGGGAAUAAGACUUAUGUGGAACAGAGGGCAGCCUUUGUCUUUUAUAAAAAAGUGGAAUCCGUUUGCGAGAGAUAUACCGUGGCUCACAUUUGCUAGUCAUCCAUUGUUCUGGUACAAAGAUGGAACCGAAAUUGUUAAAACGAGAUUUGACAUAGAAGCCUUCGAUACUACGCUCAAAAGUUUACUACCUCGUGAAUGCAACGUUGUUAAUAUGCCGAUAAUUAUAGAGAAUUAUUGCGGUGUCGGUGCCUUAGUGCACAAUAGGAACGGCUUAGGUUUCUUUAAAGUACGUGGCAAAGUCAGUUUCUAAUUUCUCUGAUUUCGUAGAAUUGUAAAUUGCAAGAUAGUCGUCUGAACUUAAUAUUUUUCCUCGCUCAUAUAAACUUUUUUUCUUAUAUUACAUGUGUAAUUUUAAUUUCUUGUA